UUGGACCAAUGGGACGGGACUCUCUCUCUCUCUCUCUUUCUCUCUCGUCUCGGCUUCUUCCUCUCCCUUUCUUUCUUCCCUAGUCCAGUUCCAUACUGAACAGUCCUUAACCUGAUACAUAUAAUAAUAUACAAAAGCUAAAUCGAUUUCUCAAGCCAUCAGUUCAAGUUCGUAAACUCGCAGAAGAAUCAUUUGGUUAUUCAUGGUGUUGAUUUCCAAAAUACUACACUGUAUCUGUAUGUAUGAUUUGAUUGGAUUGGAUUGGAUUGGAUUGGAUUUGAAUUGAAUUGAAUUGAAUAGAGCUUCAAAGAAUGGCGGGGAUAGCCAUAGUCUUAGAUCUACUGAGGAAAAAUCCAAGCUGGAGUGGCCAAACCCUACACUCGUACGCUUUAUUCUCUGCCUCACUCGCUGCUUCCACUGCCGCCGCUUCUGUUGCUGCCUCUACCCCCUUUGCUUCUAGGGCUUUAUUCGGCAAUUUUGGAAGAUCAAUUGCAUAUUGUGAGGCCGGCGUAGCAUCUACUGAUGAGGAUUACAUUUCCAGCAUAAGAAAUGUGUCUGGAAAUAUUUUCCAGCUUGAUUCUCUGCAAUACAGUACCAAGGAGUACAGAAUUGAACUAAAGCCUAUAUUCUCAGCUUUUGGAUUGAAACCUCUCGCAAUGACAUCAUUGAGAUCUUUCUUAUUAUUUUAUUUGCCUCUUUUGGAGCCUCGUUCAAAUGUAGAAGAGGAUGAUGAUGACUUCCCACAAGAUACUCCAGAAGAGCACCGUGUAGAUUUGGUUGUCCCUUUCAAGAAAUCAGUAAAGCAAAUCGUUCGUGAGACCACUGUUGUAACUACUAGACGGGUUCUGGAAAGACUUGCCGUCCAUUAUGUUUCACAUAGGAUGGCAUGGAAACUUCUUAAAGAUGUUCCCAGAUCAGCUGCGCGCAAGGCCGGAAGGGGGGUGCCAACUCUAGUUUACUUCUUCAGUGUUAGCAAAACGACUUUCAGAGGACAUCUUCUUGGAGUUGCAGCGUCAUGGCUUGUCCAAGUUGGCAUUGACAUUUACCGGUAUUUCACUGAAAUUUUUAAAGCAGAGAAUGAUAAAGUUGUUAGAGCAGAAAAAACUCGAGUUCUUGGCAAGAAGGUUUCUUGUACUACUGCCAGGUGUGGUGCAGCACUGGUUUUUGCUUCUGUUGGAGCAGGGAUUGGUGCAACCCUACUUCCCCCUUCCACUGGUCAGUGGAUUGGCUGUGUUCUUGGAGAUUUCGCCGGGCCUGUGAUUUUAUCAUUUUGUUGUGAGAAAGUUUUUCAUGCGGAGAACUAAUUCUGCUCGAAAUAAUCUUGACUCGACUGAUUCUGAAGAGAGAGAGAGAGAGGAUGAAGAAGAAGCACAACAUAGCAUUGGUAGCCAUGUAAUCACUGAUGAAUCUGUUUAAUAUUGAUCAAUUAAACACAACUCCAUUUCUGGGCUAGAAUUGUAAUGUGGAACUCUAUUUGGAAGAUCUGAAGUUUUUCUUUUCUUUUUUUGAUUUUCAAUCUAGAGUAUUAAGUGCUUAAGGAUUUAUUUGGUAUGAAUUUCAAGAACAGAGUUUUCCAGCAAAACAAAUGAUUUCAUGAAAAA